AUAUUAUUAUAUGUUGGUUAUUUGUAUUAAUAUUAUUUUGUGUUGAUAUCAGCAUAUGAUUUAGUUUUUACUUGUUUUUGGGAUGAAGGUGGUGGUGGAAAUGGUGAAAGCGGUGCUUUUGGGGGUAAAGGUGUGGAAAGAGCGAAAACCUGAUUAUAAUCACUCCAUACUACUACUCUUACCGUGGUUACAAGAUGUUUGGCGGAACGUCGCCAGAUUCGUCCAAACAUUUUCAGUCACAUCUGCGCAUAGUCGAACCUUUAUAAUAAAUUAAAGAAUGUUCGGACAAGAUGUACAAAUCAACCACGGUACUCUCUGGACUUUGUGGUAGCUUUUACCUCUGAAAUGAUUGACCUCUGAAUGACACACACACACUGAGUAUUUAUCAGAUGGGCGCUCCAAAGCAUUUUUUUAUUUUUUCCUAUUUAGGCGCACUUUCAAAUUUUGAAGACAAAAAGCAACAUGGCGCACGACCAAAACAUAUCUGACACCAGGGCAGAACUUGCUGACUUAUUAAAAAAGAAAGAAGAACUGGCACUUAGUUUGGCAAAUCUGGAAAGGCAAGUAUAUGCAUUUGAAGGAAGUUAUUUAGAAGAUACUCAAUUAUAUGGCAAUAUUAUAAGAGGAUGGGAUAGAUUGCUGUCACAAAAAACUGGCGGACCUAACCAGAAAAUUGAGAAAAGAAAUCGCAAAUUUAAGGAAUCUGAACGAUUGUUUUCAAAAUCAUCUAUAACUUCAGCAGCUGCUGUGGCGGGUAUGGGAAUAGCGCAGCAAGAAGACAAAAAAGAUAAUUUUCAACUGGACAAUGCACUGCAUCACACACAUUCAGAACAUUCAGGUAAAAUCAUGAAAGGCCAUCAUCACAGAAAGAAGAAGGGUAGUAAACACAGAAUCGAACUGAAGUUGAAAAAAGGUUUAAGUAAAAAUCGAGACAUCGACGUAGAUGGUGACGAUGCUUACUCGAACUAAUGAGAUGGAUUGAAAUAUUUUUCUAUGUAAUGUAUGACAUGUAAAUAAAUAUUAUGAUUAAUAUACCGUCUUUAGAACUAAA